UGUGUGUGUCUGUCCUGUCUUUCCUUGAGGCAGGGAGCUCCUGGUCUGGGAGGGGAGAUAGGACUGACCCACACACAGCCCCCAUCCAUGUGGAAGACUACAGUUGUGGCUGAAGCGGGAAGGUGGAUCCUGGAUGGUACCGGGCAGAGUGAAUCUGGGAAGGCUUUCUAAAGGAGGAGGCUGGGGCCCAGAGAGGAGGGCGCUUUCGGGAUAGCCGGUGGUGCCUCCGUCCCAACAGAUGGUGUCAGGGGAAAGGAUCCCUGAGGCCACCAUGCAGCAGGAGCGCCUCCAGGCUAUCGCAGAGAAAAGGAAACGGCAGACGGAGAUUGAGAACAAAAGGCGACAGCUGGAAGAUGACCGGAGGCAACUCCAGCAUCUAAAGUCCAAGGCCCUGAGGGAGCGAUGGCUACUAGAGGGUGCCCCAUCUUCUGCUUCCCAAGAGGAUGAGGCCAUGAAGAAGCAGAUGCAGGAAGAUGAGCAGAAGACCAAGCUCCUGGAAGAUACCAUCCUGAGACUGGAGAAAGAGCUGGACGUGCUGGAGAAUGGAGACUCUGCCACCUCCACCCAGGACAGCCUGGCUGAGGUGGUGGCCACAGUGACUGUCAGAGAAGAGGUGAAGGAAGAGAAGGUUGUCAACGUCCAGAAGACUCCUGUGGGCACGCCCAAAGAAAAGAAGGUGACUAACAGUCCCAUGAAGGUGGUGGAUGGUUCCAGUCUAAUGAAAGCUGCCAUGUACUCCGUGGAGAUCACGGUGGAGAAGGACAAAAUCACUGGGGAGACCAAAGUGCUUUCCAGCACCACCCUCCUCCCCAAGGACCUCUCUCUGCAGGGGGUCAAGGUGUACGAGGAUGAGAUGAAAGUCGUGCACGCGGUGCGCACAGAGGACGGGGCCGUGGAAAACGGGAUUCAGCUACUCAGCUCCUCAGAGGUGGACGAGCUGAUCCACAAGGCCGACGAGAUGACUCAGAGUGAAGCCUCGGAGCAGGAGCCCCCCGGCCGCGGUCCUGGCCAGUCGGCCACCCCCCGCAAGGAGAUCGUGGGCGUGCGAGCGCAGCCAGGAGAGAACCCUGCAGUGACGGGGGUUGUGGCAGCGGCAGGAGGGGAGGGGGUGGCUGAGCCCAGCCAAGAACAGCCAGUGACCAUGAUUUUUAUGGGCUACCAGAACGUGGAGGAUGAGGAUGAAACCAAGAAGGUGCUGGGCCUGCAGGACACCAUCAAAGCAGAGCUAGUGAUGAUUGGGGACCCACCAGCGGUGGCCAAGCCCGAGACCCCCCCACCCAACGGCAGGGCAGCGGAGUCCCCCACGCCGGCCCCGGCAGAAGAAGCCCAGGCUGCGGCCCAGCCGGCUGAGCCCGCGGGGGCCGAGCAAGACCUGGACAUGAAGAAACAACGUUGCAAGUGCUGCACCGUGAUGUGAGCCCGGCCCCAACCCACCACUCUCCACCUUCUGAUGUACAAUCCAGACCAACCCUCCCCUUGCUCCCUCUCCCACAAACUGCAGAUACACAGUAUUUUAUUUACUUAUUAAAAGGAAAAUCCCUCCCCUCCCUUCUCUCCCUCCUCCACUCCCCAUCCCCACGGUUUUCUUAGAGAUGGGAGAGUCCCAAUUUCCUGUUUGUAAUGUGUUCACGCUCCAUCACGAGCUUGGGAGGAGCCGCAUCUGGGGCCGCGGGCACCGCUGUACAGCCGACCCCUCUUGGCCCCUUGCCGCGUAGCUGGGGGGGGGGAAGGGGAAGACGGCGUGGGGGUGGGCCAGGGUUGCCGAUGACGAUCCAGCUCCAGGGCGAGGAGCGCACAGUCAGCUCACCAUCUCGGCAACCCAUCUCGCUGCUGGAAGCCGUUCGCCUGAACCACUGCUGCUAGCUGGAUGUGGCCCAUGGAGCAACUUUAACUGGAGUUGGAGGGCAACUGAUCCCAGAACUGAUCUACCACCCGGAAUGGAGUCCAGGACUGUUGCGAAGUGGGGAGGCGGGGGCAGCAGGAGGACGGAGGGGGCGGCGUGGCAGCACUCCAAGCUGUGCCCACUGUGAUCGGGAUGCGGUCCGGGAGGAGCCGGGGGCUGAUGCCAGCAGUAGGAGGCUCAGCUGCCACUUCUGGAAGAGAAGGGGAAGGGAAUUGAGAGUACCUGCCCCAGACAAAAUCAGUGUUAGGAGUGUGGGUUGUCUCCUCUCCCUUCCCUCUGCCCUCUCUGCCUAGAGCCCGGAUCUGCAGGGCAGAGGAAGGAGCUGGCUUGUCUGGGGUAAAGUACCAGCCCCAUCCCCUUUCCCUCCUCCCCCUUCCCCCAACACAUACACACACUCUUCUGAGCCAUGUCUCCUAACCCUUGAAGGCCUGUGCCAAGACUAGUGUCUGUUCCUGGAAGGCUGGAUGUCUCACUGCUGUUCUCGCUCUGGUCUAUGCUGCUUUUAAAGCGAGGCUAGUUGCCCAGCCGAGAACCAGUUUGAUGCCGGAGUCUUGGAGGAGCUUGCUCCCCUCCCCAGUUGUGGGGUUUGGAGUGGGGAUCACCCUCAACUGCCCCAUUCUAGCUUCUCUUCCUGCUUUCCCUACUGGGGCCCAAUCACUUGGUGCUUUUCUGAUUUUUGGCUGAGCCAGGCCCCAGGAGGGAGCACACUAGACUUCUCGCUUCAGGCAUCUAUUUCUUGGUUACUACCCCCUCCAUAAGUCUCCCACCUCUGCUGAGCCUGGCCUAUUACACCACCAUAAGGUGCAGAGUGGCCCGAGGGUAUCGCUUCCCUCUGACCUUUCUGGCCCUGCCUCUCCUGUAAGCCAGAAGGACCAGGGGAUGACUGAAAGGGUGGCUCUCACCCCCAAAGGAAUAGGCUGGGGGGGGCUGACUGCUUGGCAGCCUUGUUUCUGGGGGCCGUGGUAGGGGGUGAGGGGGGAGGUGUGAGUGGGGUGAUCUCCCUCCAAUCUGUGCCGUUAGAGAUGCCAGGCUCCAGGGGUAGGCUCUCAAAGGGUGUGUGUGUAUGGUGGAGGAGGUGGGGAUGAGGGCCCCCAAAGCAGUGGUGCUAGCCUGCUUUGGUGGAACCGAUGUUGAGGGACUAUUGCCUUUUCUUAGAGAGGGCCCUCCCAGCUACUGGGCAUUGGCUCCAGGAGACCUAGUACCCUUCAAAAUAACCAGCUAAAAGAAAAUCAACCCAUUCAGUCCCUGCACACUUUCUCUCCGGCCCUCCUUGAGAAGUGGAACGUUUUGUGGGUCAGAACUGUCUCAUUUGGUUCUCAGCUGGGCUAGUGAGUCAGCUGCUGCCACCAACCCCAGGUGGGGGCAUUAGUGGGAUGAUUGGGCCCCAGUCGGACCCUGAGACAGAGGGGAAAGGGGCAAGGCAAAAGCAAGAACGUUGACCCUCUUUUCUCUGUGCCCAAUUCUUGUUUCUGUGGCUACCUUUAGCAGUGGGAUCCCCUCUUGAGGCCUUGGCUGAGGGAGAGGUGAUUUAGGGGGGCCAGGGUUGGCCCCCCCAUUUGUUUCCUGCAGGGGUACUCAAGUAGGAUGGCUUAAACGGGCUGACCCAAGAAGCGGCCCUUCCCGUUCUCCAGCGGUGCCAGAGUCUUCAUCUCGCCCACCCCCUCCCCGCAGCUCCUCGGCGAGUUCGCCCCCAUUCCCUCCCUUGCUGCGUGAUGACGCUGAAGUGCCCUUCGCCCUACCGUGCUUUUUACUCGUGACGAGGCCGUUUGAAGUUUCCUGCGUUGUUUGUACUCUACCUGGAGAAGCCAAUAAACGGUGUGAAUGACCCUGACCUUCCCCCCCUUUAGCCCUU